GUGAAUGGCUGGGGUAAGCGCCAUAUACAAGAGGAGAAGCUGAGCGGAGGAAGGGAGCUUGCCUUUCUUUGGUACUGAUGAUUGCGGCCAUUGUCUCUUUUCCACCUUAGCUUCGCGAAAUCAGAGACGGAGGAAGAAAAGAGAAUCACAAGAAAAGAAUGGGCAAGUUGGAGGAAAUCGUACGCAUCGCGAAGAAGAUGGAUAAAAUGGUGUCUAAGAAGAACACGAGUGGUGCUAUCGAUUUAUUGAAAGAACUUAAAAGCAUUCCCAUGACGUUGGAUCUGUUGCAGUCUACACGGGUAGGGAUGUCUGUGAAUGCUGUUAGAAAACAAAGCACAGAUGAAGAAGUCACAACACUUGCUAAGUCACUCAUCAAAUCAUGGAAAAAACUGCUAGAUGGUCCUGCAGGAGACAAAGAUACUGAAGACAAAAGAAAGGACUGUUCAUCUUCCUCAAAGAACAUUUCAGACUCAACAGAGCAAAGCUCUAGUAAGAGACCAGAACCAAGGACACCUACUACUCCAAAGAUGACCACAUUCCCUCCAAUUCCUGUUACGAGUGAUACUGUCCGCAAUAAGUGCAGAGAAUUGUUGUCGGCUGCUCUCCAAACAGACAAUGAUUAUGUUGCAAUUGGAACUGACUGUGACCAUAUGGCAGCUCAAAUUGAAGAAAUUGUAUUCCAAGAGAUGGGCAAUACAGAUAUGAAAUACAAAAACCGAGUCAGAAGCAGGAUAGCUAACCUAAAAGAUACCAAAAACCCCAAUUUAAGGAAGAAUGUUCUCUGUGGAAAUAUUUCAGCAGAACAAAUUGCAAGAAUGACUGCUGAGGAAAUGGCAAGUGAUGAAUUGAGAGAGAUUCGGAAGGCUUUAACAAAUGAGGCUAUCCGAGAACGCCAGAUGGCCAAAACUGGUGGUACUGAAACUGCCCUCUUCACCUGUGGGAAGUGCAAGCAGAAGAACUGUACUUAUACACAGGUUCAGACGCGGAGUGCUGAUGAACCCAUGACGACAUUUGUUUUUUGCAACGAGUGUGGUAACCGAUGGAAAUUUUCUUAAGUAUUCGGAAGACUACUUUUGGAGAUGCAGUUGGACCAAUAUAUAAAAUACCUAAAUUAUAAAGGAUCAUCAUGUAUAUUAAGUCUCUCAUUUUGUUAGAUAUAUCACUGUAAAUUAAAUCUUUGCAAGUAUAUUCCUGCAGCUCAGCUGAUGUAAUCUAAACUUGUACUGUAAUUGAAUCUGUUAAUUAAUACGUUGUAUGGUACAAGAAGUUGCAUUUCACUUCACUGUUUUAAAACUUCUUUAUAUAAGUUAGACUUCAAUAAUGAAGUACUAUUGCUUGUAUGGGUCUGCUGAAAUCAUUUUUAAUUAAAAUGUGAUUGUCCACAGCAGCCUAUUGUUUCCAACAUAGUAUGCUUUUCGGUUUCUUUUUGCAUAUUGUACUGAAGUUUUAAAAACCUCAAAACAAAUAUUUUGUUUCAUAAAAUAAAUAGGUGCAACUCUUGUGUAUUUUAUGUUGUCAGUAAGAAAGAUUCACUUUCUACCAAUAGUAAAAUGUUUUGGGAGAAAAAAAAAUACCACAGGCUUUUGGGAAAAUGGAUGUAAUUGCUUCAAUAUGCCUUUUUUUUUAAAGAAAGUAGAAUAAUUUUCUUCAGUUCUCAAUGCACCAUAACUGCUAAAAUGAGACUAGAACAAGAACAUUUCACGAAAGAUGCGAAAUGCAUUCCAA